ACCAACUAUUUUCCACUAUUAAGGAGAGAAAUCGGAGAAGGGAAAGUAUACUAGCAGGAAGGAUUUGGAUCAAAUCACAAUCCACAGCUCGCCUUAGGCUGGGACUCCAGUGGCAAGCCCAAGCUUAAAAACAACCGACCAAAACCAAACGCUUAACCGAGAUCGGAUUCGUAACAGUCGUUCCAGCGAAUAGAAAUUUGCAACAAAUGGAUUUGACUGAGCUGUGGGCAAUCUUCGGGCCAGGGGUCGCGGGAGCCGUAUUCGGAGCUGGAUGGUGGUUCUGGGUUGACGCCGUCGUCUGCAGCUCCGUGAAGGUCUCCUUCGUCCACUACCUCCCUGGUAUAUUUGCGUCUUUUGCGGCUCUAAUGUUCAAUUGCGUUAGGAAAGAAGACAUUGACUACUCUCCCUACGAAGAAGGCGAGUGGAGAUUGAAGCUUUGGCUUUUCUUCGCUUAUGUCGUGUCCUUUGUAUCUCUAGCGGCAUCAGUGGGUCUAUUGAUACAGGAUUCACUUGUAACAACUGGCCCUUCGGUGUGGACGGGAACUGCGGGUGUCUUGCAGUGUGUGUUCGUGUUGGUCAGUGGGCUGAUUUAUUGGACUGCUCAUCCAGAGUAAAACUGAAGUGAAAGCUAUGCUUUCCCUUUGCUGCUUGAAAUUACAAGUGGGAUUGCCAUUUGUACAUGUACCAAUUUACGUAUUGAAUCAAUGAGAUAGAAAAUAGUCUUUGUGUAAAUGGUUAUGUUGUAACAAUCAUGAGCAUUAAAGUAAACCCAAGGGAACUCUUGAAUU